CCCACCGUUGGAACAGAAAUGUUUGUUUCUCCUGUUGAAAGGAAAAAUUACAUGUUUUCUGGCGAGGAGCCAACUACGAACAAAGAAAUAAUGGAUUCCCCCGUUGCAAAAGUGUCCAAAAGAGUAACUGAUGCACCUAGCAUCCAAACUGAACAACCGAAAAAAGAAAAAAAAUGUUUUGCGUUGGCAGCUGGGGGUGGAACCCGGCUGCUUUCGACGAAUAAGUGUGAUUUCAUGAAAUACAGUGAAAUGAUGCAAAUAAAUGAUAACGUGGUUAAAAUUCAACCAGCAGAGAAAUUACUAUUAGAAGAAAAACGGAAAACGAUAAUUUUCAAAACUUACUGUUUUCAAAAAAGAAAAAUUGAGAAAAUUACAGAAGAGAAGAUAGAGAAGUGCCUGAAGCCAAUCUGGAGCGACGUGGUUUAUCUGACAAGAGGCAAGAAAUUCGGAACGGUGGAAGUAAGGUUUACCAACAAAGAAAUUGCAUAGAAACAUUCAGUAGAAUCGCUGAUCCCCACCUAUAUGAGGAUGAGAACAUCCAGGAUUAAAAUCACAAGGGUCCCACCGGAAGUGGAUCCUAUGUGGUUGUUGGCGGCAGUCCUAAUCAAACAGGAAGAGAAAAUGACUCUCCUCCAGGUUGCCGCUACCGAAAACGCUAACUGGACUGGUCAAACAGUUAGUCUCCUCAUUCAGACUGACCCUAAAAUAAUUGAAGCAAUUCCCGAGACAAUUGAGAUAGGGGAAGAGACCCUCAUGGUAUUUGUUGAGGGCCGAAUGUUUUUUAUGUGGUCAAUUAGGCCACAUUCGAAGUAACUGCAAGGAAAAUGAGGAAGAGGAGAAAGAGGAGAAAAAUGAAAAGGAGGAAGAAGAAAAAGAAGAAAAAGAUGAGAAGAAAACAAAAAACAAAAGGAAAAUACAAUCAACAACUCAACCGAGAGCGGCGUCUACUACUGAACAACGACCAAAAAAGACUGCCAGAAGAGAAAAAGAGGAAAAAG